AUGGCCUCGUUUCGUCUAUCAGAUCGGACCAACAUAUUUUGGCUACUAGCUCUGGAGGGUGCCGACCUGCUUUGGAUCAACAAGAAAGGCCAGAAUUUGGCGCAUCUUCUCAUGCAUCACAGGGCAUCCCAUGAGGAGAUUCUUAACGUCUUGUUUGACACUGGUGUGGAUCCAGCAGUCACAGAUCUUGACUGCAGAACCUUGGCGCAUCAUGGAGCAAUUCAUGGCGUGUUCACCAAGGACCUUUUAAAGUUCCUUGAGUAUAGAGGUGUCUUAGACUUACACACACGAGACUCGAUCGGCAAGACUCCACUCAACUACGCGGAAGAAGAGGUUAACCGAGAGUUUCCUGAAGAUAUCUUUUCAAUCCAUCGCCAACGCGGCGAAUUAGAAAAUAGUUAA